AUGGCGAAAUCAAAUGUUGAAGCCAAACUAACUGAUUCCGUAGAAGAAUGGUACAAAAACUUCGGGUCAACUCGGCAAAAAGUUACGAAGCUUCACUUUUUUGUUCAAGAAGUCAUAGGCGGAUCUAACCCGACUGUUGUGAAGGUGGUCGAGGCCACUGCUAAUUCAGCCACGUCCUUUGGCCAAAUUAGCAUGCUGGAUAACCUAGCAACGGAAGGGCCUGAGCCCGAUUCAAAGAAAGUGGGUCGGGAUCAAGGAACUGUUGGAUUUGCAGAUUUGAAUGAUACCGCAAUACAAAUGGUUAUGAACUUUGCGUUCACUGAGGGGGAAUAUGCGGGCAGUACUAUUAGUAUCUUGGGAAGGAAUCAAUUAUUUCAAGAGUAUCGUGAACUGCCCAUUGUUGGUGGGACUGGAGUUUUCCGAUUUGCACGUGGCUCAGCCGUGACCAAUACUUACUCUUUUGAUACUGCUACCAACAAAGCCAAAGGUGUUUUAGAAUACACUCUUUUUGUGAUUCAUUAUGAAGCUUAG